CAAAUUAUCCCAAUUCAGUUGUCUCAAAAUCUUAGAGAGCUUUUUUGUUUAAGAACUCUUAGCUAUGUCUGGCGUUUGGGUGUUCAAAAACGGCGUCGUUCGUCUGGUGGAGGACGCCGGAGUGGAUAAGGGGAAUGGCGGGCAGAGGUCGACGUAUCGCCGGAAAGUGCUGGUGUACAGUCCGACGGAGGAGGUGAUGACGUCAUAUGCGGAGCUGGAACAGAAACUGAUGGCGUUGGGUUGGGAACGUUAUUACGACGAUCCAGAUCUGCUGCAAUUUCACAAGAGAUCGACGGUCCAUCUCAUUUCUCUACCGAAAGAAUUCGCCAAGUUCAGAUCCAUGCACAUGUACGACAUCGUCGUCAAAAAUCGAAACCAUUUCGAAGUUAAAGAUGCCUAAGCCAUCUAAUUCUCAAAUAAUAAUAAUAAUAAUAAAUACAAUAAAGAACCAAAAAAAAAAAAAAAAAAACUGAUUUCCUCGCCCUCUCUACUACUUUGCUUAAUCUUCUUGUGAGAUAUCUCUUAAUUCCCAGUUGCUUGUGAAAAGUCACGAUUUAAUUUAGAGCUUGUUUGAGGAAUAAACAAGUUGUGCUCUCUAUCAGUUCAUCCAGACAGAAACUUGGAGUCAGGGCCGAUUCAAAAGAAAUGUUAUAACCAAUCGUCAACGAAUUUAUUGUCUGAGAAGUGAUUUGGAGAUGGUCAACUUUCACAUGAAAUAAGGUAAAAGGACGAGCAUGUGUGAUAUUGUUUUAUCUACGUUUGCUAAUAGUUUGUUACAAAUUUAGAAAUUUAGUAUAGAGGUUUGAAGUCCAGAGUCAAUAGUUGUAUGCAUGGUUUCAAAUGCUUUAUGUCAAAUGGAAUUGUCGGUUACUUUGUUUUCGUCACUUA